GUGCCUUGGUUUCGUCCCGUCUCCUCCGUCGGUUUGGGGCAUGGAUCUGCUGCAAAAGAGCAAAUACAACCACUUGCGCAAUGACUCCCUUUCCUCCCUGGAGGAGGGCUCUGUGGCGGCCGAUGGGGACUCUCCCGUGGAGCCCCUGGUGGCGGCCCCCUCCCUGCCCAGCUCGCUGUCCUCCUCCUCGCUGAGCCCCAUGCUCCCCCUGGGCGAGCUGUCGUCCGAGUCUGAGGACAGCCCCACCACCCUGUGUUCCUUCUUCCCCAAGAUGGCCAACCUGAAGCUCGCCAACCCGGCCACUCUGCUCAGCCUCCGUGCCUUCUCCAAGGAGGCAGGCAGCUCUGGGGAGCACCCGCCGCCAGUGGCACCGCCACCGCCACCACCUCCUCCCCUCGCUACCGUCGCUGCCACGACUCUCUUCCCGGACUCAGCGAGGACUGUCGGUCUCUAUUCCCAGGAUAUGAACAAGUUGGGCUGCGCCAAGAGGAUGCGGGUGGAAGGCGGCCAGCUGGGGGGAGACGAGUGGACUCGGCACGGCAGCUUCGUCAACAAGCCCAGCCGGGGCUGGCUGCACCCUGACGACAAGGUGAUGGGCCCCGGAGUCUCCUACCUUGUCCGGUACAUGGGCUGUGUGGAAGUUCUGCAAUCCAUGCGGGCUCUCGACUUCAACACGAGGACUCAAGUCACAAGGGAGGCUAUUGGCCUAGUCUGUGAAGCUGUGCCUGGUGCCAAGGGAGCCGUUCGCAGGAGGAAGCCCUGCGGCCGCUCGCUCAACUCCAUCCUCGGCAAGAGCAACCUGAAGUUUGCCGGCAUGCCAAUCACGCUCACCAUCUCCACCAGCAGCCUCAACCUCAUGGCAUCUGACUGUAAACAGAUCAUCGCCAACCAUCAUAUGCAAUCCAUUUCUUUUGCAUCCGGAGGGGAUCCGGACACGGCCGAGUAUGUUGCCUACGUUGCCAAAGACCCUGUCAAUCACAGAGCCUGCCACAUCCUGGAGUGCCCCGAGGGGCUGGCGCAGGACGUGAUCAGCACCAUUGGGCAGGCGUUCGAGCUGCGCUUCAAACAGUACCUCAAGAACCCUCCCAAGCUCGUCACCCCACAUGACAGGAUGGCUGGAUUCGACGGCUCCGCUUGGGACGAAGAGGAGGAACCGCUGCCAGACCACCAGUACUACAACGACUUCCCGGGGAAGGAGCCCCCCCUGGGAGGCGUGGUAGAUAUGCGCUUGAGAGAAGGAGCUGCGGCGGCCCUGAUGCCCAACCACUUAGGAGCCACCCUGCCUGUCUCCCAGAUGUCUGCCGGGGACUACGAAUCCAAGAAACCGCACCUCGCAGCACAAGGAAGGGAGAGGGGCCCACCCGGCCGCACGGAUCUCUUUGACGACCCAUCCUACGUUAAUGUGCAAAACCUGGAGAAGGCGCGGCAGGGGGCUCCGGGGGCCACCGCCAACGGCAGUGCCCAGCGAGAUCUCUUUGACAUGAAGCCAUUUGAGGAUGCCUUGCGGGGGCCGCCACCUGCGUCACCAGCCCAGCUGGUGGCCUCCAUGGAGGAGCAGCUCCGACGGGAGCCCUGGUACCACGGCCGGAUGAGUCGCAAAGAUGCCGAGAAGCUGCUCCAGGCCAACGGGGACUUCCUGGUGCGCGAGAGCACCACCACACCGGGGCAGUAUGUGCUGACCGGGCUGCAGGGGGGGCAGCCCAAGCACCUGCUCCUCGUGGACCCCGAAGGAGUGGUCCGGACGAAGGAUCACCGCUUCGAGAGCGUCAGCCACCUCAUUAGCUACCACAUGGACAAUCGGCUGCCAAUCAUUUCAGCGGGCAGCGAGCUCUGCCUGCAGCAACCAGUGGAGCGGAGAUCGUGAGCAGCGAGGGGCCGGGGUGUCACCCUAAUCCCCACCCCCCAAAUCCUUCAGUGGAGAAAAAGAAAAUUGCCGCCUUGCCCCUUCCAGCAGCUUCACCUCAGCUUCUCCUGCCUUUUACGGGUGUUCUGUUCCUCACACACGUGUCGCCUGUACACCAGGCAUUAAUGGCUCCCCCCACCACAGGCCAGAGCGAUGCCAUCUCUGCCAAAGCGUCUCCCUUUUAUUGCGAGCUGGACGUCUGCCUCACUCCGCAAAUCCCUCCUUGGUAGAAGAUGUUCUCUGAUUAUCAACAAACUCUCCUGUCGCUUAUCAUCACCCACCUUUUAUUUCUCACAAGGAGGCCCUGGGCUAGCACUGCCUCACUUUUGCAAAGCCUGCGCAGGGCGCUAGUCCUCAGGGAGGGCGCGAGGGUCUCGGUUUCUCAUGGCCCUUGCUGGAUCCCGUGCCUGCACAGCUUCCCUUGGGGCAGAAGAGCCCCAAACUUCGCCUGCCUAUUUACCCCACCCCCCACCCCACAGUUCAGGUAACUUCACCCUUCUCUUGACUUUUUAAAGCGGCUGGGCGGAAGUCCGUUCCCGUCUCCGUUUGUAGCAGCGCCUGAUAGAAUCUUUGCCCAAUGGAUUCAGCUAAUGCCAAA